ACACAUGGUUUAAUCCCAUAUGUGUUGCCUAUCAUUUUGGAGGAAAGAAUACUUUUAGUAAAAUAAAUACCCCCACAUUACUUCAGACAUCACCUGCCAGAAAAUAAUGCAGGAAUUCACAAAUAAACUAGUUUUCUGCAGGUGGUAAGUUUUUUUUCCAGUGGAGCAAAGUAUCUGGAGCGUCUAUUGUGUGCUUAAUAUCAAACAUGAAUUUUUGGGCUUUCUUCCAUCAGCUCACCUGCCAGAACUGCACUAAGCCUCCACCCCCAAACCCACCACCUCUAAUAACCCAUGGACCAUGUUUCUUAUUGCAGUAUCGGUGACCCUGCCUGUAAUUAUUCUUCACAGGCGAAACUCAGCUCAGUCCUUCAAGUACUGCAGCAGCUCUGAACAAAAAUAACCCCAAAGUCCACAACAGGAAACGUUAACAAUGGCAGGAUUACUGGACCCUGUGUCACCGUAAAAUAAAUGAGCAACUGAGAGGGACUUUAGGGAAAAGCAGCACCAUGAUUAGGUAAUGGGAGGGACUGACUUACGAGAGAGGACUAAAUGAGCUAAGCGAUGACGAAAGGGUGAACAGCAGAACUGCCUGCAAAUGUUUGAAAGAAGAAACCAUCCAGGACAGGGAGGGAUUCUCAAAGCUGCUGCCAGGAGUUAAGAGUAAUGGAAAGAAACCAAUAAAAUGAAUGCUGCAGUCACCAUAAGCAUUUCUUUAGCUCAAAAAACCCCAACCUGGUGCUUUUGUCCAUAUGGAAACCUUGCUCAUUUGCCCUGUUUUAUUCCUCAGCCAUAUCCCCACUUAGAAUUAUGUCAUGGUACAGUAUUGCUGACAUCUUUUAGGCUGGCAGCUCUGAAGGACUGUGAGGGAGCUAUGCCAACAGCCUCUUCAUUUCUUGAGGUGCCUCAGAAAGCCUCAAGGCUUUGGCUGAGGGAAGCAGUUCUGCACAGCAAAGCACUUUAGCAAACACUUCAGCCAGACGAUGAGCUGGACUCCCACAGCUAUAAAUCACAUCAGUGGUUCCCAAAUGAGGACCCCGAGUAUGCCCUCAGCCAACCCUGAAGCAGACGGGUCAGAAAAUACACGGAGUCAGAAUUACCCACAGCUCUGCAUGGCAGACCUUCAGUCUGCAUCCCAAUCCAGUUAACAUCCUUGCAGCAAAACAGCUGUGAGGCCUCAUGCUGUAUUUGUUUCCAUUAACUCCCCCCCAGUGGGCUUAUAUGUUUGUAUUUGUUUACAUAUUUGUACUGUCCCCAAGGGAUACUCAACGCUAUCCCUAAGGUUAGGGGCGAGUCAUUAGAGGGCAAGUACCUCCCUCUGAUGCAGAACUUGUCCCGUCUCUUUCUUCUGAGAGAGAUGUAAAUCUUUCUUGGAAACGCUGGACGAAAGUCCCUUCAAAUAUGUGGUUUCUUUCCGCAGCAGUUUUCAGUCUGCGCUUUUUGAAUUGCUGGGCCAGGAGUUUAUGUUUCCAAUUGUCGCUCUCCGAGACGCUUGUCUAUUGUUAAUGCGAUCCCAGCCGCUUUACAGCCUGCUCUCUUUAUAGUCUCCCCACGGCCCCGCGCCUUGAGAUUGAGGGUUUCCCAUCGCAAUUAGCGCUGCCGCCGCCCCCCUCGGGGCUCCCUUACACCGACUUCACGCCGCAUCUCUUCAGCCAGCGCCCACCGCGCCGCUCCGCCUCGGGAUGCCGCGGGCCCUCCCGGAGGCCCCAGCGGCCGCUUCCCGCUAGCGAGCCCCGGGGGAGGCCUGCGGGGCGGCACGUCUGGGGCUGCUGCUGCUCUGCCCGGCCCGACCGGCGCCCCCCGGCCGCCGCCUGCGUCAGGCCGGAGACGUGGCCCCGCGGCGGCGGGGGGCGGAGCGGCGGCGGGCGGAGCGCGGCUGCGGGCGGCCUGGCCUCCGCUCCGCUCCGCUCCCCGCCCCGCCCGGCCCGGCCCUGCCCGCCGCGCUCAGCCCCGCACCGCGGCAUGACCGCGCUCCCGCACGGCCGCCCCUGACCCCGCGCACCCCGCCGGCCGCGCACCAGGACGAUGAUUCCCGUGACCGAGUUUCGCCAGUUCUCGGAGCAGCAGCCGGCGUUCAGGGUGCUGAAGCCUUGGUGGGAUGUGUUCACGGAUUAUCUCUCCGUCGCCAUGCUCAUGAUUGGUGUGUUUGGGUGCACAUUACAGGUCAUGCAAGACAAGAUAAUAUGCCUUCCAAAGCGCAUCCAGCCUUGCCAGAACCAAUCUAAUAGUUCAAAUGUGUUUAACACAAUCCCAGAUACAACCCCCCUUCCUCCACCCAAGCCAUCCACCCCUCCAGCUACAGUUGAAAUGAAAGGACUGAAGACUGAUUUGGACCUUCAGCAAUACAGCUUUAUAAAUCAGGUGUGCUACGAGCGUGCUCUGCACUGGUAUGCCAAGUACUUCCCUUACCUUGUCCUUAUACACACACUGGUCUUCAUGCUGUGUAGUAACUUUUGGUUCAAAUUCCCUGGAUCGAGCUCCAAGAUUGAACACUUCAUUUCAAUACUUGGGAAAUGUUUUGAUUCUCCCUGGACAACAAGAGCCUUAUCCGAAGUGUCGGGGGAAGACUCUGAAGAGAAAGAUAACAGGAAGAACAACAUAAACAAGUCUAAUACUAUCCCGCCAAGCACUGAAGGCACUUUGGUCAAGACACAGUCUUUAAAAUCAAUCCCUGAGAAGUUAGUUGUGGACAAAGGAACACCUGGGGCAUUAGAUAAGAAAGAAGGGGAACAGGCCAAAGCGCUGUUUGAAAAGGUGAAGAAAUUUCGGCUGCACGUGGAGGAGGGUGACAUACUCUAUGUCAUGUAUGUUCGCCAGACUGUACUUAAGGUAAUUAAAUUCCUUAUUAUUAUUGCUUACAACACGGCGCUAGUCUCAGAGGUGAAUUUUACAGUAGUCUGUAAUGUUGAUAUUGAAGACAUGACAGGAUAUAAGAACUUUUGCUGCAAUCACACGAUGGCACAUCUGUUCUCUAAGCUUUCUUACUGCUACCUGUGCUUUGUAAGCAUCUACGGCCUCACAUGCCUUUAUACGCUGUACUGGUUGUUCUACCGUUCAUUGAAAGAGUAUUCUUUUGAAUAUGUUCGGCAAGAGACGGGAAUUGAUGAUAUCCCAGAUGUCAAGAAUGACUUUGCUUUUAUGCUUCAUAUGAUUGAUCAGUAUGAUCCUCUGUAUUCCAAGAGGUUUGCUGUCUUCCUGUCUGAAGUCAGCGAAAAUAAGCUGAAACAGCUGAACCUGAACAACGAGUGGACUGCAGAUAAACUGCGGCAGAGGCUACAGACGAACUCUCAUAGCCAUUUGGAGCUACAGCUUUUCAUGCUCUCUGGACUACCCGACACAGUCUUUGAAAUUACUGAGCUGCAGUCGUUAAAACUUGAAAUCAUCAAUAAUGUCAUGAUACCAGCAACCAUUGCACAGUUGGACAACCUCCAGGAGCUCUCGUUGCACCAGUGCUCUGUGAAGAUCCACAGUGCUGCCUUGGCGUUUCUAAAGGAGAAUCUCAAGAUCUUAAGUGUGAAGUUCGAUGACAUCAGAGAACUUCCACACUGGAUGUAUGGCCUCAGAAAUUUGGAAGAGCUCUAUUUAAUUGGCUCCCUAAGUCACGAUAUUUCCAAGAACAUUACACUGGAGUCUUUUCGGGAACUUAAAAGCCUUAAAGUUCUUUACAUAAAAAGUAAUUUGUCCAAAAUCCCACAAUCUGCAGUCGAUGUUUCAAGUCACCUGCAAAAACUAUGCAUCCAUAAUGAUGGCAGUAAGUUAGUGAUGCUCAACAACCUGAAGAAGAUGGUCAAUCUGACACAGCUGGAAUUGGUUCAUUGUGAUUUAGAGCGCAUACCUCACGCAGUCUUCAGCCUUCUCAGUCUUCAGGAAUUGGAUCUAAAGGAAAACAACCUCAAAUCCAUUGAAGAAAUAGUAAGUUUCCAACAUCUGCGAAAACUGACAAUCCUAAAGCUGUGGUACAACAGCAUAACAUACAUCCCAGAGCAUAUAAAGAAACUCACCAGUCUCGAGCGGCUUUCCUUCAGCCAUAACAAAAUAGAGGUUCUUCCGUCCCACCUAUUCCUAUGCAACAAAAUCAGAUACUUGGAUUUGUCUUACAAUGACAUUCGCUUUAUCCCACCUGAAAUAGGAGUUCUGCAGAGUUUACAGUACUUUUCCAUUACCUGCAACAAAGUGGAGAGCGUGCCAGAUGAACUGUACUUCUGCAAAAAACUGAAGACUCUGAAAAUUGGGAAAAAUAACUUGUCAGUGCUUUCUCCUAAAAUCGGGAAUUUGGUGUUCCUCUCCUACUUGGAUAUUAAAGGCAAUCACUUUGAAAUCCUCCCACCUGAGCUCGGGGAAUGCAGAGCUCUGAAGCGGACUGGUUUCACUGUAGAGGACACCUUGUUUGAGACGUUGCCUUCUGAUGUCAGGGAACAAAUGAAAGCUGAAUGACUAACUUCUGCUGAGUUACAUACAGAAAUAACGCUUCUACCAAAUACGCUGUAGAAAGUGCAUACUCCAAAUAUGCAUUUAGUUUGUCAUUAUUAUUUUUUCUCCUUUUUUUCAAAGAAAUCCUUUCUGUACAAAUUUGGAGCAAGGAGUACAUAUAUUUUUAAAUAAAAUUUUCUGGUAUUUUUUCACUGUUUUAAGGUAUUUUUUAAGUUGGUUUUGCCCUGAGAACAAGGGUGGCUGUAACUUAAUUUUUACUGGUAAAAGAAAUUGGUUUUAUCUGCUGAUAUUUUGGGUUUUUUUCCUUUGCCUAAUCCCAACAGGGGAACUGUGUUUAGAGCGUAUGCUUUGGGUUGUGUAGAUGAUUAUGUUGUCUUCCUGGUUAUUGUUAAUCCCUUAGGACAUGGUCGUCGAUGGGUGGUGCUGAAGGUGUUGAAUGCCUUGUUUCCUCUUUUCUUCAGUGGCAGUAGAAGGCGUUCAGCAUCUUACAAGAUCAAAUCUGGGUUGACUAUCCUUUUUUUAUUUGUGACGUGGCUUUCUCAGAUGGUCAGAGCAAGUUGAAAAUGUUCUUUAUGUAUCUUACCGGGUCUGAGGGAGCGUGCAGCACUCCUCCAGGGCCUUUGGGCAAGUUCAGUCUAGCUGUCUGUUCACACAACGCACCGAGCAGGAGGCACUGACCGCGGGUUCCUCUCCUCAGGAAGAGUAAAGUCACAACAUACAGCGGAGUCCGGACCAAAGUGACUCAUGUUUGAAGAUGUUUCCAAGCAGUGCAAAGGGAUGUGGCUGCCCGUUUCCUGCCAACUUGAGUGGAAGGGAUGCGAUGAACUCACUGUGCUGGAAAUGUCAACCCCAUGAGGUGAAACACUCCCUUGAAAUAUCCCCAUCCUCCCCUAAACACCUCGUCCUGCAAGGGAGAAAGUGCCCUCUGCCCCCCUCAGUUCACUUCCCCACCGGGAUGCUUGGCACCUUGCAGGAAUGGGAUCCAGAAAAAGUGCAAUCAUGUUUAGUUUGUAAAGCUUCUGACAAGGAAAUAGGAUCUAAUAUGCUCCUUCGUGGAGCUUGGGUAUCCCAUAACCAAGCUCAGCACAGGGACAUCUGCAGAUUUGCAAAAAUGAGAUUAAAUAAAUACAUUAACUUCUCAAAGGUCUCAUCCUACCGGAUCUUCAUCACCAUCCUACCAGAGGACAGUGAUGAAGGCUAUGUUUUCAGCUCCCAGCUAGUAAUUACAUUGGAAAUCAUACAGUUGGAAGUCUGCUUUUUAAAAUAAUGUAAUAAUCUGUAAUAAUUAUGCAGCAGGUUGGGGAACUUUAUCCUCUGAAGCCACGUUCAGUGGUUUAUUUAAUUCAGCCAUUUGCUCUCUUUUAGGCAAGUUUGGCAGGUAUAUGAUAACUCAUGUGCUGCUCACAAGCUAAUUUAAGCUAAUAAAAAAUAACCAUUGAUAGUAAAACAUUUUGCUGGAAAGAGAUCUCUUCAUCCUAUCCAACAACGCGUCUUUGAGUCAGAUGCAGGCACUGGAUAAAUGCUUUGCAGGAAUAUCUAGGAAUCAUAGAAUAGUUAGGGUUGGAAAGGACCUUAAGAUCAUCUAGUUCUAACCCCCAGUACUUCUUUCUCUCGGAGGCAAUGCUGUUCAUAACUUGCAGGCAUUGAGUAGCCGAUUGUUUAAAGCUAUGUAAAAUAAUUGUGUGAUGACUGUCACGUUGGUGGCUCUUCAGUGUUUUCUAACUGCCCUUGCGUGUCUUGAGCUACAGUUGAACUGAGAUCUUGAGCUUGCUACAAAAGCAUACUGUUGUUUUAAGAGUCUGACUUAUAAAGGUGGGGAGACAGACUGAAAUGAGAAUUUCCUCAUUAAUCCAGGGUGUGCUAUGCAAUCUGGUAUGUGGGCUUGCCACACUACCAAGUCAGGCUGAUUUUUUUGUGCUUGGCUGCAUUCUGGAGAAGAUCCACGUGAUUAAUCAAAAAUGGGUCAGGCAUGAAGGAAUCAAAGCAAGCUUUUUUAAAGGGGUUUGAUUUAGUUCUGUUAAAGACCUAAAACUGCUGUAGCUGUUGCGAGAGCUACUCUUACUCGUAUAUGGAAUGCACUUAUUGGAACAGCUUGGCAGUAUGUAUAUUCCAAAUGUAUUUCACUUUGAUGUAAUGUGAGGGAGAGAAAUGUUUCAUUGCUCAUAUUAACCUAAUUAUGUAAACCAAAGUGCUGUUGUCCCUGAUGAAUGUAAACUGUUUAAAAUGUCCAAGUAAUCGGUGGAGCUGUAUAGUUCUCUGACUUAGAUUUGAAAUAUGGGAUUACAUUUAAAGUUUUUUUUUAAAGAAAUCUUUCUAUUCCUAGAUGUAGCAUUUUAAAUCCCUAAUUUAUUUUGUGUCUAAUGUUGUUUCAUGUGUAGUUUGUGGUCUGUUUUCUGAAUGGAAGUUAUGCACACCUCAGAAACUGAAGGUUGGAGACUUGGUCUAUGCCAUUUUUGUAAAUACAUCACUUAGGGGAUGUGGGGGUUUUGGUUGUUACUGAUUAUAGUUAUACCAGUGCAACCCCUCCUGUGGACACAGUUACAUGAGUAUAAAGUGCCUUGUGCUGGCAUACCUUUAUUCACGUUGAUAGGAAUAAACUAUACCGGUCUAAGCACUUUCACACAAAUAACUAUCUUCUCCAGGGGUUUGGUCUACUGAGACAGCUUCGUUGAUCUAACAGCUCACUGCCACCAAAAAGGGGCAGUUUCUUCCUCCUCCCAUGCUCCCUAUUCCUGCCUAUAUGUUCUGGCUGCUUCUCUUGUACCUUUACUGGUCUGGUGCUGGUCUGAUCCCUCCGCAGGACAAAUCAACUUGAGAAUCCAGCAGAAAACUAAGCCAGUUUAAGAAAGGGACUCAUUUUCUCCUUGAUUAGCUCUCCAAAGGAUCAGAUGGACAUGAGGGUGGGACUGCAAGGGAGCAGGACUCUGCAGUCAGGGUCUGGACAAGGAGAAGGUGGGACAAGUCACUUUGGAGGUGCUGAGCUGCUAGGUCAGUCCAUCAUCUUGCCGAGCCACGUGCUUGGAGAGCUGUGCUGCUUUAUCUGUCGCAGGGUUGGGCAGCAUGGCUUUUGUGGGCAGACAGCCCUCAGGCUUGCAGUGAAUGAUAAACUAUCACAUUACUGUUAAUUGCUUCAACUUAAUGAAACAAACUCAGGUAGCUGCACUGCUGACUUUUCUAAACUUCUUACUGUCUGGUCUCUGGGGCGUAUUUUCCAAACCCAUAUUGCAGUAUUUUAGAAGUAUGUCAGCUCAGAGAAGAUUGUUUCCUAACUCUGUAUGACAUCCAGGAAAAUAUGUACAAGUGCCAUAUUUACUCAGUGAUUCAUGUACUGCUCAUAUGUAUAUUCACAUGCAACACAUACUAGACUUUUCUGUGACCUAUAGUAUUUGACUUAGAAUGGAUGGGCAUUUUGUGGAUAAUACUUUAGGCAUGGUUUAUAUGUAAGCAAAGAGUUUAUAUAACUACAUACAUUAAGCAGGUGCCUAACAAGUACAAUUCCAGGAUAUAAGCAAGGCAUUUUACAUUAUUGCUCAAAAAAUAACACAAAUCUUCCUUGGUAAUGGAAGCAGAGACAACAAAGAGUGCAUCAAAAAUAAGAAGACAACCUUAAUAGUGUGUUAAGCCUGUAAAGCAAAUCUGCUUUGUGAUCAAAAUCUGGAGAUAUGCAUCUCCCCUUUUGUCGAAGUUAGGAUGGGUAUUUGUGCAUCCAGCCAGCCCAACAACUAAUGCAAAUUCUGAUUGGAAAGCGCCUGCUCCAAGUCUCAUGUCACAUUUCUGGCACAUCUAACAAUUCAUGUGCUUAAGUCGUGAUGAAUCCUGUAAGAAUGCCAAGGAAAACCUUUGAAAUUUGACCAAAUGAACAAACUCCUUAUUUCUGUAGCAAGAAUCUUAAUCUGAUAGACCUGUGUAGUGUUACACUGCAAUAUACUACACCCAGAAGAAAUGGAAAUAAAAUGCUCUUUUGUAAUAACGAA